AUGAAAGUUCAACUCUUUUUCCUGUCUGCAACACUGAUAUACGGUACAUUUUCAGGAGAAUUUGGUGUUGAAGGUUCACGUUAUCGUAAGAAAUCAUCACGUAAAAAUAAUUAUGGGAUUGAAAAGCUCUUUGUUAUCGGAGACUCCUAUGCUGAUACUGGAAAUCUCCCAAAAAUGUGGAAGGACAAACCUUAUGGACUGACUUUUCCAGGCAAGCCAGACGGCCGAUUCUCCGACGGCCAUAUCCUGACUGAUUUCAUUGCGGAUUUCUUAGGACUAAAGUCUCCAGUGCCAUAUAGAACGAGGAAUGCACAGAAGAAGGAUUUGCAAUAUGGGAUAAAUUUUGCCUUUGGAGGGGCUGGUGUGGGCAAAACAUUGUCUUCAGUGCCUAAUUUCAGCACCCAAGUUGAUUUUUUUGAAGAACUCAUCAAGAAAGUUGUGUACUCAAAAUGCGACCUUGAACACUCUUUGACUCUAGUUACUCUUUCAGGCAACGAUUAUUCUGCUUUUUUAGCAAGAGGAGGCACCAUUUUGGAUCUCAUAAAUACUUUCAUCCCUGGUGUGGUGCAAAAACUUGUAGCGAUCUUGAAAACGCAUUUCAGAGUUAGGAGUGAAGAGAAUAGCACUGGGGUCGCUGCCACCAAUAGGAUGUGUACCUAUUCUGUGGCACAGCUGAACAAUGAGAGCUUAUCGACUCAAUUCGAGAUUCUUGAUCUUGAUGCUGCAUUCACUGCAAUUAUCCAACAUGUUCAGAUCGCAAAGAUUUCUGCUAGAGCAAAGGCUGGUGUAAAUGUUAAUCGAUUCAUAUACUGCUAG